GCCAUCAUCUUCUAAGUUUCUCUUGCUUUCCCUCUUAAAUCCGCUCUCGAAUCCGCUCUUCUUCUUUGCACACUGAACACUAUAUUCAAGUACCGACCAGGCUCGGUGAAUCUAUCGCUCUCUGUCCGAGUUUGUUGGUCUCUAUAUAUGUCGUUUAAGAUGGAAAAUUUCGAGGGAUUUUUCUCUGGAUCAUCAUCGUCAUCAACCUUGAACCUUACGAACUUCCUUGGUUAUGGUGAAGCUCAAGGUGAGAGGGAUAACGGGAUAUUGGGAUUAAUGGAGGAGAUGGGAGUUUCUGCUGUUAAGGACGACGGUUUAGGCGGGACGACAGGUGAAAGUGCAGAGAAAAUAGAUAAGACGAAGAAGGGAGGAAAUAAAAAGACGAGGAAGCCGAGAUAUGCUUUUCAAACCAGGAGCCAAGUUGAUAUCCUGGAUGAUGGUUAUCGAUGGAGGAAAUAUGGUCAGAAAGAUGUCAAGAACAACAAAUUUCCUAGAAGUUAUUAUCGAUGCACACAUCAAGGAUGCAACGUGAAGAAACAGGUUCAAAGACUAACUAAAGAUGAAGGAAUUGUUGAGACAACCUACGAAGGCAUGCAUUCACAUCCCAUCCAGAAAACUAGCGACAACUUUGAGCAUAUUUUGAGUCAGAUGCAAAUCUACACUUCUUCCUUUUAAAUCUGUACAUUAUACUAUUAUA